AUGGGCGUUCGAGGACUUACCAGUUACAUUAACUCAAUCGGGAGUCUUUGGACACAAACUGAGCUUCGAAAUACAAAGCUUGUCAUUGAUGGACCCGGCUUAUGUAACUGCCUUUACGUGGACAGUGGCUUCGACCGUCAAUUUGGAGGCCAAUACGAGGAGUUUUACAAAGUCGUUCUGUCGUUUUUCGACGCUCUGGAUUCUCGGGGUGUAGAUUCCUUUGUAGUGCUCGAUGGCGCUCAUGAUCGAAGCGAUAAAAAGUUAGACACUUUCAAGAAAAGAUCAGUGCAGAGGAUCCAAGCUGGUGACGCGCUGUGCAACGAUAGAUCAACUGAUGGUGAUGUCUUCGUUCUGCCGCUUUUGUCAAACCUUGUCUUUGUGCAAGCGCUCAGGGAUCGCGGUGUAAAAUUUGCUGUUCCUGACUGUGAAGCGGAUUCUGAAGUCGCCUCCUUGGCCAACGCUUAUAACUGCCCUGUAUUAAGCAAUGACAGCGAUUUCUUUAUCUUUGAUAUCGAAGCAGGCUACAUCCCACUUUCCUCUUUCGACUGGAAGUCUAGUCGCCUAACAGCCAAAAUUUUCCAUCGGAGAAAAUUGGCGUCACACUUAAGAAUUCACGCAGAAUUGCUGCCUAUGUUCGCUUCUUUAGUGGGCAAUGAUUACGUCAGCAUUGAUGCGUUGGAACCGUUCAUCCAUGCCCUUAGUCGCAGUCAGUAUUCCAUGGAUCAUUCUAGCAGGAAAGAAGCCAGAUUUGCUGGGAUCGCAAAUAUGCUUUCCACCGUACCUGACAAAUUUGUUCUCCAAAUGGUGUCGUCUUAUGGCGGGAUUCAACUAAGGCAAGCUGUUGAGCAUUCUCUACAAGAGUACUCGAUCACAGACUCGAAUUUGUUGCGCUAUUUCCAAAAACGCGUGAUCAGCAGUUCUCUCAGAACCCAAAACGGCCGAGAAAUCGACGAGUGGCUUUUGCGCAAGUUCCGCGAAGGACAGUUUUCUACUAAUUGUAUGAGCGGCUUAACAUCGGGAAAGGUCUUGCUCAGAUUCCAGGUUGAAAACUGUCGGGAAAAGUCGGCGAAUUACUGCUCCCAGAAGCUGAGGCGGUUUGUUUAUGGGAUUUUAAACGAUGAUGAAGUUUACAACCGGAGAGGAAAUGUAGCGAUGGUUGAAGAAUGGGACAGAGAGGGUUUGACGGUGAAGCCGUCAAAUGUUACUCCCUACCAAGAGGGUGUGGUCCGAGUGAGUCUUAUCCCAUGCCUCGAUGCUGAAAACAGACUAACGGUUUUGCUAAAUGCGCUUAAUUCAAAUACACCUUCCAUGAGAUUGUUGCCGGAGAAGUUUAAAUUAAUUGCAGCGUCACUUCGUUUUCUCAAGAGCAACGCACAGCCACCUUUGAAGACGAAUCACCUUACCGCCAUACUCUGCAGUUGUAUUAAACUACAGGACGGCUCGUGGAAACAAUACAUCUCCCUAUCUCAGUCGUUUGAUCGGCAAGCAACACAAAGUUUUGCUCAGUGGCAGUGUGUUUUGAGAGAUGCUGUUCAUCUGAACUUUGUUUUGAUUGAGCCUGUUGAAACACCAUGUAUUCACAAAACGUUUAAUGGACGACUGGCGCACUGUCUGCUGAGCGAACUUGAUCGAGGUCAGUCUCCUUCCUGA